AUGAGGCAAUUCCUCGGUGUCAUCCUUUUCAUUUCUAUUUUAAAUUUAUACAUGCAGAAAAAUGGGGCUGUAUGGGGUAAAAUUCGAAAUAUGAAUAAUAUAAACUUGAGGAAUGAAAUGCCAAAGGAAGAAAUUCCCUCUGAAGAUGAAUUUCCAACAAGCGCACAAGAAGGGAGAGACGAGGACAGUACCAAAGAUGUAAUGAAAGAGACCUCGGAAGAGACUAAGGAAUUUACGGAUGAAGUGAAGGAAUCCAAAAAUAAAGAAUCGCAUGAAUCUUUGAAGACAAUGAAUCAACACACCCUGAAGCCUGUGGAAAUAUCAUUGCAAGAUUCUAAUAAUGUAAAUGGUAAGAAUGAGGAAGUAAAGGACGAGGUGCAGAUGUUGGAAGUGGAAGAUGAUGUUGAUGAAGAGGAAGAGGAGGAUGACGAUGAGCAGGUGGGGGAGGCGGACAGAAAGGGCGAGAACGAUCAUCAUCAGCAGCAAACACAGGAGGGACAGGAAGCCGAAAAAAUAGCCCAGGAAGGAAAGGAUGCAUCCCCAAAUGACGCGCAAGCUAAUCGGGAAUGUUGCCAACCUUGCCCCAAUAUAGAAGAAUAUUUUAAAUCGACAGAAGGGCCCCUGAAGGAUCUGAUCAAAUUAAUCAUAGGAGACAAAGAACUUGAAAAUAGAAUCAAUGACAUUAUCAAAAUAAUGGUUCUCUUCUUUUUACAAUUGUAA